AUGAACUGCACUCGAGCGGGACUCAGUCUGCCCAGCCAUCUGAUUUCCAGUGUGUUGCUGAACAGCACAGAACUAAAGACCCCGUCCUCGCUCAGUCCUGAUCGACUGGCAGAGCUCAGUCACCUCCUGCCCUCGCUGGGUGUGACUUUCCUGCAGGGUGUCACACCGUCUCAGCUGCUCGCCGCCCUCCCUGCCCUCGCCUCCGUUUCAUUCAGCCCUGCGCAGGCUUCCAUAAUUGUAGACAAGAUGUCUUCAAUUACCACCCUGACCGCUUCAGGCCAGCUGCAGACGCUCGGCUCCCUCAUUGUGGGAAUGAAGACGGAGACCUUGCUGGCACUCACCUCAGACAGGCUGCUGUCUUCCCUGCCCGCCAUGGCCCAACCAAUAGCAGGCCUCAGCCAGCCACAAGUCAAUGCUAUAUCCACCAAACUAUGGGGCUUCCCAGAAGUGGUCAACUGGCUGGACGAUGUGGAGCCGUUGCUCUUUUGGACGCCCCUGCUCAGCGUCCUGCCCAGGACUCGUCAGCUUGUGGACAACAUCAACACUGCAUCCACAAAACCCUGGAACACACAGCAGGCUAAAGCAAUUUUCAAAGCACUGCUUGAUACUGAUCCAGACCUCAUUGAACAACAUUUUCUGAGUCUGGGAACAGUGGGUCAGGGCGUGAGCUGUACAGUUCUACAGCAACACUUCCGGGCCGAUUCUUCGCCCUCUUCAGUGAGAAGAGUCCUGGCCUUCCUCCGACAGCAGCCUGGUCCUCUGCACACCUCACUGAAAAGGUGUGUGAUCAACGAGCUGUAUCAGUUUGAGUUCUUCUUUGAGCUGCUCAAAGAUCUCGGAGCUGAGAUUGCCCUGUCCAUUCCGGUGAGCACCAUUAAGAAGUUCCCCACAGAUAUGAUGGACACUCUGAGGAAGACUAUUGUUUCGGACCCUCAUCAGUUUCUCUUGCUGUCUCGAACCAAACAGGAGCUGCUGGUUGACAAGAUGGUGCAGAGGAUGGGAAUGUACACAGGGGUGUUUACUGAGGAGGAGUUUCGCUCACUGGGCAUCAUGGCACCGUUUGUGGCGGAUGAAGUUUUCCUUCAGCUCGACCGUAGCUUCUUCAUCGACAAUGUGGACUUCCUCCAGGGCCUCUGCUACAGCCGCAGCAAGAUGGACAUUGUGGCACGUAUCCUGCCGGAACCUGCAGCCUUUGGCCCAGUCAGCAACUGGAAUCGGACAACACUCAGUCAGGUGGGCCGCUUCCUCUUCUUCCUGCCUGUCGACAAACUGCAGGAGAUACCUCUUGCGUUGAUGACCGUGGGGCGUAUCGAGAAGCUGUUCAUGAGCCAGCAUCGAUGGGAACGGGGGGAUGUAGGCAUCCACUGUUCAGACGAGAAUGAGCGCCAGAAGUUUUUUGAAAAGCAGCAGUUUGUUCUCCAGUUCUUCCUGGGCUUCCUGAAAAUAUAUCCUUUGUCACCGGCUGUUAUGGUCCCUACUUGUGAGAUUCUGCAUACAACAGCUCCCUCUGUCUGGACCUCCAGCAGUCUGCUCAGCAUGUCUCCAUCGGCCUUCUCCAACUGUCUGGAGCUGUUGGGUCACGACCCGUUCCUUGCGUCCUAUCAACGCAGCCAAGUGCUCAAGAAAGUCAAACAGAUAUACGGCCCUGUCUCGUCCUUCUCCCAGUCUGUGAUCUCGCAGCUGGGUGGGAUAGCGAUAGCGCUGUCACCAGAGGAGCUGAGCAGCCUGCGACUGGCUGAGCGAAGCAGCAUCGCUGCUCUUGGUGCUGUCAGAGCCUGGAGCAACAGACAGCUUUCUGUCCUGUUUACCACCGUGUUAAACUCCACAAAGCAGAGUGUGAGCCAGCUUGACUCCAGCACACUGGUGGCGAUGGGAUACAUCGUGUGUGGAGCCAAAACCACAGAGAUGAACUAUUUAAAUGCCGUAGAGUUCAGCAAGGCGGUGCUCUGGCUGGGUCAGCUGAGGCUGUCCUGUUCAGAGGAGCAGCUUCUGGCUCUCGUUGGGCUUCUGACCCACCGUCUUGCUUUUGGACCCAUAAGUUCAUGGGGAACGGCUGUCUUCAUUGAAAUCGGAGUUCUGGCAGCUGGUCUUCCAGACAUGGCUAUGUCAGCUUUGGUGAAUGAGCAAAUAGAAGGAAUCGCACCUGCUGCUGUUUCAAUGAUACCAGCUGCUAAGUUCUUUGUGGUGUUUCACCAGAGACAGAUCAGCAUGUUCUCCUAUGAGCAGGCGGCUGAAGUAACUGAUGAGCAGCUCUCUGCUCUGUCAGAUGUUCAGAGGACAGCUCUGGCUAUGGUUCUGACCCCGUGGGAGGACAGGCCUGUGGACUUCAGGGGGAAGUCACUGGGGCUGGCACUGAGCUACAGUUCCCUGUGUCUCAUACUGGGACUGCUGAUGCUGCUACUGCCCUGCCCUGCCCUUAUCUGCCCCGGCACAUGACCCCACUCGCCCCUGCUGGAUCGGGCAACACCUUCGCAACCACAUGAAACAAGAUUAUCUAAUUUCUCUGUGCAAUAACAUACAACACUUCAGGAUGUCUAUAAAGUGUAUUUAAUGAGAUUGUCAUGUAUUCUGUGCAACUAAUACUUAUAAACACAUAUCAACUUCCAGCAAUGAAGCAACCAAAUGUCUUGUUUAAUAAAAAAUAAAUAAACAUGUUUACAGCAUACAAUAUAAACAAGUCAAACCAACACUCACAUAAUUAUUUUCAUACACUUACAUUAAUAUAUAAAUAUUAUAUAUACACUACCGUUCAAAAGUUUGGGAUCACUUCGAAAUGACUAUUUUUCAAAGAAAAGCACUGUUUUUUCAAUAAAGAUAACAUUAAAUUAAUCAGAAAUACACUCUCUACAUUGUUAAUGUGGUAAAUGACUAUUCUAGGUGAUUUGUCUGGUUUCUAAUGAAAUAUCUCCAGAGGUGUAUAGAGGCCCUUUUACAGCAACUAUCACUCCAGUGUUCUGAUGGUACAUUGUGUUUGCUAAUCACCUUAGAAGACUAAUGGAUGAUUAGAAAACCCGUGCAAUUAUGUUAGCACAGCUGAAAACAGUUAUGCUGGUGAUAUAAGCGAUACAACUGGCCUUCCUUUGAGCUUGAAGUUUGUAGAACAAAAUUAAUACUUCAAAUAUUAAUCAUUAUUUCUAACCUUGUCAAUGUCUUGACUAUAUUUUAUAUUCAUUUGAUGAAUAAAAGUGUGAUUUUACAUGGAAGACACGAAAUUGUCUGGGUGAUCCCAAACUUUUGAACGGUAGUGUACAUAUAUAUACAUAUAUGUAUGUGUGUGUUCAUAAUAUAAAUCUGUAUGAAUCCUUACCCAGAAAGGCAACCAUAACACUUACAAUAUUUAUAUGUAGGUAUGAGACAAAGUUAUACUGAGCAAUUGAAAGUUGUGAUACAAAUAUAAAAAUCGAUAUAUUUUUGUGAAAUUAUAUCAAAUAUAUCAUAUUUUUGUGAGAGGAAGAGUAGUAUUGUUUGCUACAUUUAUUUAUCUAUUUUAAGUUAUCUUGAUUCGAUAACUGGUAUAUAGUUUUUAAUGAGACCUGUGUUCAACUCUAUUUUUGCUGUGUGUUUUGUGGUGUUGUGCACACUUUCUGGUGUGAUAGAUCUAAAGUAUUAAACUUAACCAAUCUGC